GUGUGAACUAGCAGCAGCAUGAACGAUCCCGCUGCAGCGGGAGCGCUCGACUCUGCUGUUAUCUGCGCUGCACUUGACUCUGGACAACAUUUGACACCACAGGAGCAAACAUGUCUCGUUUGGUCGGCCGUCUCCUCGUUGUCGUUUCCCAACACGCGCCGGUGAGAUCAGCGUCGAUACCGAAGAGGAUCCCACUGUUUACCCGCCCGGUGUCCACAUCUCAAGGCCUGCAGUCCCUCACACGUUAUAACAAGACAUCAGACUGGCACAAGAAACUGACUCCAGAGCAGUAUGUAGUGACCAGAGAGAAAGGAACGGAGGAGCCUUUUAGCGGGAUCUACCUGAACCAUUAUGAAGUGGGGAUGUACCACUGUGUCUGCUGUGAUGUUCCACUCUUCAGUUCAGAGGCCAAGUAUGACUCGGGGACAGGCUGGCCAGCUUUCAAAGAGGCUCAUGGGACUUGGGGGCGCGAUGAAAGCCACGCCUCCGUCAUUCGUCGCCCUGACAACAGCCUGGGCAGUGCUGGCACAGAGGUUCUUUGUAAAAAUUGUGAUGCCCACCUUGGCCAUGUGUUUGAUGAUGGACCAGAUCCAACAGGCCAGCGGUUCUGCAUCAACAGUGUAGCCCUCAAAUUCAAACCCAGAGAAAAUGACGCACCGGACAUAGAAGAGCAAAAGUGAUGCACUCACUUUAGCUACUGGUUAAUAACUAGUUCUUGUAUUUAACCAGAACAUUUAUUCCAUGCUUUUGACAUAAAUAUGUUUGGAAGUGAGAGAUGGUGUGCAGUACAAAGAGUCUUACUGGUUGAACAUUUUAAGCUAAAGAGGCUAGUAAACUGUUCACAGUUUCUUUUUGAGAAACAGUGGAUAUGUGCAUCAGAGAGAAAUCUAGGAUGUAUAAUGAAAAAUCUGAACAUGUUACAUAUGUUUGUUGAGAACAAAUGUUUCAAUAACUAGAAUAUAAUGUGAAUGACAUCUGUCUUUGUGUUGUGAUUAAAAUAUUAAUGCCACAUAAAAAGGUCUUCACUAG